GAAUCAAUUCUCUCUCAGUGUUGCAAGUUACAGCCAGAAAUCGAUUCCAUGGCCAAUAACAGCAGUGCUGAUAAGCAGCGAGCGCAGGAGCUAGUUUGUGUCACGGGGGCAGGGGGCUUCAUUGGGUCAUGGGUGGUGAAGGAGCUCCUCCACCGUGGCUAUCGUGUCAGGGGAACCGCUAGAGACCCAGCGGACCGCAAGAACGUUCAUUUGCAUACCUUGGAGGGAGCCGAUGAGAGAUUAUCCUUGUGCCGCGCCGACGUCCUGGACUACGACAGCCUCCGUGCCGCCUUCGACGGCUGCCAUGGCGUCUUCCAUGUCGCCUCUCCAGUGUCCAACGAUGUUGAACUCAUACCGGUCGCCGUGGAGGGGACCAGAAACGUGGUGAACGCGGCGGCGGACAUGGGCGUCCGCCGCCUUGUUUUCACGUCUUCGUACGGCGCAGUGCACAUGAACCCCAACAGAAGCCCCGACACCAUCCUGGAUGAGACAUGCUGGAGCGACUAUGAGUUCUGCAAACAGACAGGCAACUACUAUUGUUGUGCCAAGAUGAUGGCAGAGAUGGCAGCAACGGAGGAGGCAAGCAGGAGGCAGCUGCAGCUGGCGGUUGUGGUGCCGCCAAUGACCAUCGGUCCCAUGCUGCAGCGGUCUUUAAAUGCCAGCAACUACCAUGUCGCAAGGUACCUAAUGGGUACUAAGAAGGCCUACCCCAACGCUGUCGCCAUCUACACAGAUGUCCGCGACGUUGUACAUGCCCAUCUCCUCGUCUAUGAGCACCACCACGCCCACAGCCGCUACCUCUGCUUCGGCAUGGCGCUACACCGCAGUUGCCUCCUCCAGUUGAUCCGGGGUCUUUUUCCACACUAUCCUAUCACUUCCAAGUGCGAAGAGGACGACAAGCUCAUGGCAAGCCCGUACAAAUUCUCCAACCAAAGACUCGAGGACUUGGGCUUAGAAUUCACUGACAUGAGGAGAACUCUAUAUGAAACUGUAAUAUGCCUGCAACAGAAGGGUCAUGUGCGUAUCAUCGUGCCAUAUCAGCGUUCGAGCUUAUAGAUCAGAAUGUAGUGCGACCAAGUUCCACAUACCCGGAAGAAAAAAAAUAAGGUCCUUCAAAAAAGUAAUAGUGUGGACUUGUAAGGUAGAAAAAGAAUCAGAUAUCAGAUAUCGGAUAUGCUAAUUUUUUGCAUU